AUGAACAAGACUUUCCAGUGUAACGACACCGCAAUGACGGUUGUGGUGGCUGGAGAGACUCUCCCGUGGAUGGAGACCGACUUUCCAGAGCGCAAUGUCAGCCUGGGGCUCUCCACCGCCCCUCUGGACUUCCCCAUCAACCCAUGGGACAUCAUGCUUUGCAUGUCGGGCACUGUCAUCGCCUGCGAGAAUGCCAUCGUGGUGGCUAUCAUCUUCUAUACACCCACCCUGCGCACCCCCAUGUUCGUGCUCGUAGGAAGCCUAGCCACAGCGGAUUUACUGGCAGGCAUGGGAUUAAUCCUCAACUUUGUGUUCCAGUACGUUCUCUCCUCAGAGACUAUCAGCCUUAUUACUGUUGGGUUCCUAGUGGCCUCCUUCACGGCGUCCAUAAGUAGCCUGCUGGCUAUAACAGUGGACCGGUAUUUCUCUUUAUACAAUGCACUGACUUACUUCUCAGAGAAGACGCUCCACUACGUGCACCUGAUGCUGGUGAGCACAUGGGGUGUGUCUCUGUGCCUGGGCCUGCUGCCUGUGCUAGGCUGGAACUGCCUGGACGACCCAAGCUUGUGUAGCAUCGUGCACCCACUCACUCGCAGCAAUGUGACAUUGUUGGCGGUCUCUUUCUUCAUCAUCUUCAUAAUCAUGCUGACCCUCUAUUUCAAGAUCUGCAAGAUCGUGUGCCGCCACGCGCACCAGAUCGCUCUUCAACAGCACUUCUUCACCACAUCGCACUACGUGGCCACCAAGAAGGGCGUGGCCACGCUCGCCAUCAUCCUAGGCACCUUCGGCUCGAGCUGGCUACCCUUCGCCAUCUACUGCCUGGUGGGAGAGCGCGAAUACCCGUCGGUAUACACGUAUGCCACGCUUCUUCCGGCCACCUACAACUCCAUGAUCAACCCAAUCAUCUACGCCUACCGUAAUGCCGAGAUCCAGCGCUCGCUCUACGUCCUCUUCUGCGGCGGCUUUCAGAGCAACGUAGCCACACACUCCAGGUCACCCAGUGAAGUUUAG